AGGCAGGCCCCGGCGGCGCUGCAGUCCCUCGAGAGCCCCCGGUGGGGGUAACGCGGGACAGCAGAGGCCGAGAGGUGACGCUGCGGGGCCGCGGGCCCGCCCGAGGUCCCGAUGCGCGGCGGGCCGCUCUUGGAGGAAGGCCGGGCUGGAGCAGGCCCCGCCGCUCGUUGCUAAGGCCAGGCCCCGCGUUGCUAGGGGGCGCGUCCGCCCUGCGCAACUCUCGCGAGAUCUGCCCGCGCGUUGCCCGGGAGACCACGGGGCAGCCGUCGCCGCCAUGGCACCCAAAAAGCAAGCUGCAAAAAAGGGGAAAGGGGGCAAAGCCCCGGCAGUGGUGGAUGCCGUGUCCCUGGCAGAGAUGAGCAAGGAGCAGCUGGAGGAGCACAUUACACGUCUCCGGAAAGAGCUGGACCGGGAACGCGAAGAGCGCAACUACUUCCAGCUGGAACGUGACAAGAUUCACACCUUCUGGGAGAUCACCCGACGGCAGCUGGAGGAGAAGAAAGCAGAGCUGCGUAACAAGGACCGGGAGAUGGAGGAGGCAGAGGAGCGGCAUCAAGUGGAGAUCAAGGUUUACAAACAGAAGGUGAAGCACUUGUUGUAUGAACAUCAGGAAAACCUCACCGAACUGAAAGCAGAGGGUACCUUGUCCUUGGAACGGGCCCAGAAGGAUCACUGGGCUCAGGAGACAGAGCUGCGCAAAGACAUGCGUUCCUUGAAAGUGGAGCUGAAGGAGCAAGAGCUGGCCAACGAGGUGGUGGUGAAAAACCUGCGCCUGAAACAAGAGGAGGAGAUCACACAGCUGUGCAGCAACUUUGAGAGACAAGUGAAAGAGAUGGAGGCCAAGUACAACAAGAAGAUGCAAGCACUACGGGAUGAGCUCGACUUGCGCCGGAAGACUGAGAUCCAUGAAGUCGAGGAGAGGAAAAACAACCAGAUCAACGAGUUGAUGAAGAACCACGAGAAGGCCUUCCAUGACUUCAAGAACUACCACGAUGAUGUCACCUUCCAAAACCUGGCGCUUAUCAGCUUGCUGAAGGAACAGAUGGAGGAGAUGAAGAAGAGAGACACUCACUUGGAAAAGGAGAAGGCAGAUGCCCUGCUCCAGAACAAGCAACUGAAGGAGCACCUGCAGCAAGCCCAGGAGCAGGUGUUUGAGCUGCAGAAGAAGUUGGCCCACUACAAUAAGGACAAGGAGGCUCUGAUGAACACAAAAGCCCAUCUGAAAGUCACCCAGAAGGAACUGAAAGACCUUCGAUGGGAACAUGAAGUGCUGGAGCAGCGGUUCAGUAAGGUGCAGGCAGAGCGAGAUGAGCUCUACCAGAAGUUCACCAAAGCCAUUAACGAGGUGCAGCAGAAGACUGGGUUCAAGAACCUGCUCCUGGAACGCAAGCUGAAAGGACUCCUCGAUGUCCUGGAGAAAAAGGAGGUGGAGCUCAGCGAGGUCUUCGCAGCCUCCAACCUCGACCCAGGCGCCCUUUCCUUGGUCUCACGCAAGCUGGAGGAUGUGCUCAAUUCCAAGAACGCCACCAUUGAGGACCUGCAGUUCCAGCUGGCCCGAGCCUGCAAGGCACACAACGACAUGCUGCAGACAUUGGAGGCAAAGCUGACGUCCUUUGGGAUCCCGCUGGACAACCUGGGCUUCAAGCCCCUGGAGAGCCCAGUGAGGGGGCAGGCAGUGGGGCUGGGCCCUGCAGGACUUGUGUCAGUGCCCACGUGACGCCAGGCAGCACCUGUGGGUGCUCAUGUGCUCGGGUGCUUCUGGGGCCAAGAGCAGGGCUGUGCCUGCCUCAUGCUCCCAGCAUCUGACCCGAAGGAAAGCGAAUUUUUUGAGGCUGA